AUGCACGUUGCUAAUUCUGAUAUAAUAGUCCAACCCACCGAGUGCAACGACUACACGAAUUCUGUCACCAUACCUUAUAUUAGUGGUGUCAGUGACAUCAGCCAAAUUUUGAAAAAACAUGACAUACACACCCGGUUCUCGGUACUUAAGAAAUUAAAUGUAAUCGUCAGAAAGGGGAAGGACAGAAUAGUUGACUCAAAACAGACCGAGCUCGUAUAUAAAAUAAAUUGUAUUAACUGCGACGCUUCUUAUAUCGGCCAGACAAAAAGACACAUCGAAACAAGGAUAAAAGAACAUUGUAAUGACAUCAAAAAACCGACAAGCAACCACUCUGUGGUCAGUAAACAUCGGACUCUUCUAGGCCAUGAAUUUGAUUGGCACAACCCUACCAUCCUACAUAAAGAAUCUCAUCAUCGUAAGAGAGAAAUUGCCGAGAUGUUUUUCAUCAAAAAAUCCCACAACACAAUAAAUCUCCAACAAGAUACCGACAACCUCAAUCCCAUCUACGAUAAAAUCGUUCGCAUCACCUGA